GUGGCGGCAGUCCUCAGCUACGCGCUCCCGGAAGUUCUGCUCGCGCCCCGGAAAUAAUUCCUCCGGCCACGGGCGCGCUCCGCCUCGCGUUGUAUGUGAGACGUAGAGCUAAGCGACCGAAGCCGAGAACGAGAUGCCGGUGGCCGUGGGGCCCUACGGACAGUCCCAGCCGAGCUGCUUCGACCGCGUGAAGAUGGGCUUUGUGAUGGGCUGCGCAGUGGGCAUGGCGGCCGGGGCGCUCUUCGGCACCUUUUCCUGUCUCAGGAUCGGAAUGCGGGGUCGGGAGCUGAUGGGCGGCAUCGGGAAAACCAUGAUGCAGAGUGGCGGCACAUUUGGCACAUUCAUGGCCAUCGGGAUGGGCAUCCGAUGCUAAUCAGGGCAGUGGUUGCCCAGUACAGCUACCCCUUCCCAUCAGUCCCAGCUCGUGUACUAUAAUAAAACAAAAGUCUUUGAGUA